CACCCCGAAAUUGGCAAACGUCAACUGCUCAUAUCCCCACGUGCCUUGUCAGCUACAACUUAGCCUAUAAAUUAGUAGCCUGGUCUGGUCUCUCGUGACCAACUUGCUCAAUCUUGUCCUCGUCAGGCGAUCUGAGAGAGAGAGAGAGAGAGAGAGAGAGAGAGAGAGAGAGAAGAUGUCCUUUAGAGGGAGCUUGUGCUUCUGGUUGCUGCUGCUGCUGCUGCUGCAAGAUUCUCCGACGCUUUGUUGGGGACGGCGCACCGUUUCGCUUGACAUUGCAUCAGAGUAUGAAGAUGAAUGGGUGGUGGAAGGAAGAUCUUUGAAAGUGACAGUGAACGACUAUGGUGGUCCAUCAGCAAACCGUGGCCAUGACCCUCCGACUCCACCUAAGAAGGUCGGCAACAACGGCAAUCGUGGUGGCGGCAGGAGAGGCUGAUAAUGGCCGAACUCUUUCUUUCUUAUUGACUGGUGGAACUUGUAUAACCUUACCCAUCGGUUACCGCACAUACUUGAAUCUUCCUUCUCCUGGGGGGUGAAAAAGUUGAUGCAGUGACUUGUUUGAAAUGUUGUCUUUAUGAUUGCAUUGUUGCAACAGUAUGCUCUGCAAGUGCUUAACAUCACUCAUCCCACACCACGCCCGACACAUUCAAUUUUGCGAGU